CUAGAACGAUUAUAGUAGUAAUAACUAAUAGUAGACCAAAAAAAUAAAAAAAAACAUGGCCAACCAUCAUCAUCAUCAUCGUUUUCGUCAGCACUAUCAGAAACUGUUGCAGCAUUUGAUAUGGCGACCUGGUCAGAAGCAUACUAAGCUCAAGGGGAAGCAUUCGAAUUUCGCAGAAAAUUUUGGUGUUGUGUUUGAAGAAAUAAUCAGAGUUAUUGUGUUUUAAGUCUUGGAGAUGUAUCCAUCAAAAUCUUGGGUGUACUCAACCGCUCUGGUUUUGUAUUUAUGGUGUUCACUACAUGUUGAAGCCCAGUAUAACAUUACUGACCCAGUUGAAGUGAAAGCAUUGCGGGAUAUUAAGAAAACUUUGAUUGAUACCAACAAGAACUUGAGUAAUUGGAAUCGAGGCGAUCCGUGUUCAUCCCGUUGGAAUGGGGUUUUAUGCUUCAAUAGAACGUUUGAUGAUGGUUAUCUACAUGUUAGGGAAUUGCAAUUAUUAAAUAUGAACCUUUCCGGAACUCUAUCACCGGAGCUUGGCCGUUUAUCUCACAUGAUAAUAUUGGACUUCAUGUGGAACAAAUUAACUGGUAGUAUACCAAAGGAGAUAGGCAACAUUACAUCCUUGGAACUCUUGCUCCUGAAUGGAAAUCAGUUAACAGGUUCCUUGCCUGAGGAGCUCGGUAAUCUUGCAAACUUGAACAGAAUACAGAUUGACCAGAACCAUAUAUCAGGACCCAUACCUAAAUCAUUUGCAAACUUGAACAAAACAAAACACUUUCACAUGAACAACAAUUCGAUUAGUGGGCAAAUCCCACCAGAGCUCUCCAAAUUACCGAAUCUAGUUCACUUUCUUCUUGAUAAUAACAACUUAUCUGGUUAUCUUCCAGCUGAGUUCUCUGAACUUCCCGAAUUACUUAUACUUCAAGUUGAUAAUAACCACUUUGAUGGGAGUACAAUUCCAGAGUCGUUUGGCAACAUGUCCAAGUUAUUGAAGUUGAGUUUGAGGAAUUGUAGCUUACAAGGACCUAUGCCAAAUUUGAGCAGGAUACCAAAUCUGGGUUAUUUGGACCUCAGCUCAAAUCAGCUAAAUGGAUCUAUACCACCUGAUAAGCUUUCUAAUGAUAUCACAACUAUUGAUUUAUCAGACAACAAUCUUAUUGGAACUAUUCCAGAAAGCUUUUCCAGGCUUCCUUUGAUCCAAAAAUUGUCUGUUGCAAACAAUACAUUAAAUGGUACUGUUCCAUCCAGAAUUUGGCAUGAUAGGACUCUCAAUUCAACAGAACACCUUGUAUUGGAGUUCCAAAACAAUGAUCUUACAGAUAUUUCAGGCAGUAUUAGCCUCCCCCCAAAUGUCUCUGUCUGGCUCAAGGGGAAUCCAUUAUGUUCCAAUACUAGCCUAGUUCUCUUCUGUGGACCUGAAAGUGCAGAUAAUAGAACAAUAUUGACUGACUUCACUCCUGAUUGUCCAGUUCAAUCAUGUCCAUUCCCUUUUGAGUAUUCCAAGAAAUCUCCCGCUAAAUGUUUCUGUGCUGCUCCUCUUUUUGUUGAAUAUCGGUUAAAAAGUCCCGGAUUCUCAGAUUUCCUUCCUUACAAAAUCUCAUUUGAGGAGUAUCUUAGCGAUGGUCUUAAGCUACAACAGUAUCAAUUGGAGAUUAGUGAUGUGGCAUGGAUAAAAGGACCUCGUCUUAGAAUGUCCCUGAAGCUCUUUCCUGUAUAUGUUGUUAACGACACAAAAUCCGCAACUUUCAAUACAAGUGAGGUUCGAAGAAUUAUGGCCAUGUUCACAGGAUGGAACAUACCAGAUAGUGAAGUAUUUGGACCUUAUGAACUUCUCGGAUUCAAUCUAUUGGGCCCUUAUUUAACUGGGAUUCCUUUUGCAUCGAAAAAGUCUGGCAUAAGCAGGGGAGCACUUAUUGGCAUAGUUUUUGGGGCUAUCGCUGCUGCAACUACAUUAUCCGCAUUUGUUUCUCUUGUUAUACUGAGAAUGCGCAUGAGAAACCCUGCAUAUUCAAAAAGACGCCGGUUGUCUAAAGCAGCUCUUAAAAUUGAGGGCGUUAAGGAUUUCACUUAUGGAGAAAUGGUCUUGGCUACGAACAACUUUGAAAGUUCAGCUCAGGUUGGUCAAGGAGGUUAUGGCAAGGUUUAUAAAGGCAUUUUGGCAGAUGGUACACUAGUGGCCAUAAAGCGAGCACAGGAAGGAUCAUUGCAGGGUGAGAAAGAAUUCUUGACAGAAAUACAGUUAUUAUCGAGAUUGCACCACAGGAAUCUUGUGUCUUUGCUCGGAUUCUGUGAUGAAGAAGAUGAACAGAUGUUGAUCUAUGAGUUUAUGCCCAAUGGCACCCUAAGGGAUCACCUUUCUGUCAAAUCCAAAGAACCUUUAAGCUUUUCAAUGAGAUUGAGAAUUGCCCUGGGAUCAGCUAAGGGCAUCCUUUACCUACACACAGAAGCUAACCCUCCAAUAUUCCAUCGAGAUAUUAAGGCCAGCAACAUAUUAUUGGAUUCCAAGUUCGUUGCCAAGGUUGCUGAUUUUGGACUUUCACGACUUGCCCCGGUUCCAGAGAUAGAAGGGAACGUACCUGAUCACGUAUCCACAGUUGUGAAGGGGACUCCGGGUUAUCUUGAUCCAGAAUACUUCCUAACUCAUAAAUUAACAGACAAGAGUGAUGUUUAUAGUCUUGGUGUCGUGUUCUUGGAGCUCUUAACUGGGAUGCAGCCAAUUUCACAUGGAAAAAACAUUGUUAGAGAGGUUAAUCUUGCAUUUCAGUCUGGUAUGAUAUUCUCAGUCAUUGAUGGACGAAUGGGAUCUUACCCUUCUGACUGUGUGGAAAAGUUUCUUAGUCUGGCACUCAAGUGUUGCCAAGAUGACACAGAUUCUAGACCUUCAAUGGCAGAGGUGGUCAGACAACUCGAAAACAUAUGGCUUAUGAUGCCGGAAUCAGACACCAAAACUUUAGGACCUUUGAUCACUCAUAAAGCUGGAAAGCAAGAAACUUCACCUUCUUCAUCCUCUGAAAUAAAGAAUCCUUAUCUGUCCUUAGAUGUCUCUGGUAGUAACCUUGAUAGUGGAGUCAUUCCUACUAUUGCUCCAAGAUAAGAUUAAAAGAGGUAUCUGAUUCCAGAUUUCUGUUGCCAUGGAAAUCAGCUAGAAUAUCGUGUUUGAGCUGUUUCUUCAUGAUAAAUCUACAAUACUUUAUACGAAAACCAAUUUUUGUGUAUAUAAAAGGAAAGUAAUAUGGUAGUACAUUGCUAACUUUGUUGCUGUAAAUGAUAUUGUAUAUCUUUGUGGGAACUAUGCACUUUUGGUUGUA